AUGCCUGGGCAUUUACAGGAAGGCUUCGGCUGCGUGGUCACCAACCGAUUCGACCAGUUAUUUGACGACGAAUCGGACCCCUUCGAGGUGUUAAAGGCAGCAGAGAACAAGAAAAAAGAAGCCGGCGGGGGCGGUGUUGGGGGCCCCGGGGCUAAGAGCGCAGCUCAGGCCGCAGCCCAGACCAACUCCAAUGCGGCAGGCAAACAGCUGCGCAAAGAGUCCCAGAAAGAACGUAAGAACCCGCUGCCGUCCAACGUCGGCGUGGCUGACAAGAAAGAGGAGACGCAGCCGCCCGUGCCGCUUAAGAAAGAAGGAAUAAGACGUGUUGGAAGAAGACCUGAUCAACAACUUCAAGGUGAAGGGAAAAUAAUUGAUAGGAGACCAGAACGGCGACCACCUCGUGAAAGACGAUUUGAAAAGCCACUUGAAGAAAAGGGUGAAGGAGGAGAAUUUUCAGUUGAUAGACCGAUUAUUGACCGGCCUAUCCGAGGCCGGGGUGGUCUUGGAAGAGGUCGAGGUGGACGUGGACGAGGAAUGGGCCGAGGAGAUGGAUUUGACUCUCGUGGCAAACGUGAAUUUGAUAGGCAUAGUGGAAGUGAUAGAUCUUCUUUCUCACAUUACAGUGGCCUGAAGCACGAGGACAAACGUGGAGGUAGCGGAUCUCACAACUGGGGAACUGUCAAAGAUGAAUUAACAGAGUCCCCAAAAUACAUUCAGAAACAAAUAUCUUAUAAUUGCAGUGACUUGGAGCAACCAAAUGUGACUGAGGAAACACCUGAAGGUGAAGAACAUCCAGUUGCAGACACUGAAAAUAAGGAAAACGAAGUUGAAGAAGUUAAGGAAGAGGGUCCAAAAGAAAUGACUUUGGAUGAGUGGAAGGCUAUUCAAAAUAAGGACCGGGCAAAAGUAGAAUUUAAUAUACGGAAACCAAAUGAAGGUGCUGAUGGUCAGUGGAAGAAGGGAUUUGUUCUUCAUAAGUCAAAGAGUGAAGAGGCUCAUGCUGAAGAUUCGGUUAUGGACCAUCAUUUCCGGAAGCCAGCAAAUGAUAUAACGUCUCAGCUGGAGAUCAAUUUUGGAGACCUUGGCCGCCCAGGACGUGGUGGCAGGGGAGGACGAGGUGGCCGUGGGCGUGGUGGACGUCCAAACCGAGGCAGCAGGACUGACAAGUCAAGUGCGUCUGCUCCUGAUGUAGAUGACCCAGAGGCAUUCCCAGCUCUGGCUUAA